GACCAGCAACAUAUAGGAUACCAGGAAAAAGAAUCCUUACCUCUGCAUCAAGGACUUUCACAUGUAUUCAAUGAUAUGGACAUUCCAAAGCUUCUGUAUGUAUCAGAGAGGAAACUCUCUGAGAGUGAGAAAGUGCAAGGCUAUGUAACCCAUGCCCACAUCUCUUCCCUUAAGGCUAGUCCUGCUGCAGCUAUUGUCAACACAGAAACUAUGGAGGCUGUUCCUUUGGUCAGUGGAACGAAUACCAAAUAUGAGUUUGAAGAAAUCAUUUUAGACCGGGGUGACUCAGCGCUCGGUUUUACUAUAGCUGGAGGAGCUGAUAACCCCCAAAUCAAUAAUGAUCCUGGGAUCUUCAUAACUAAAAUCACCCCUAAAGGAGCUGCAGCAGAGGAUGGACGUUUGAGGGUAAAGGAUUGUAUUCUGCGGGUGAAUGAUGUAGAUGUAUCCAGGGCCUCCCACUUCAAGGCUGUUGAGGCCCUAAAAGAUGCCGGUUCCACUGUACGUCUUUAUGUGCGCCGUUGCUGUUCAGUCCCAGAGACCAUCCAAGAAAUCCAGCUGGUCAAGGGUCCAACAGGACUUGGGUUCAGUAUUGCAGGUGGAGUUGGAAGUCAACACAUCCCAGGUGAUAACAGCAUAUAUCUGACCAAAAUCAUUGAGGAAGGAGCAGCACACAAGGAUGGACGGCUACAAGUCGGAGACAGAUUGAUAAUGGUGAACGGCAGCAGUCUGGAGGAUGUUUCUCAUGAGGAGGCUGUGGCCAUUUUGAAGAAUACUUCGAACGUGGUCCACUUGAAGCUGGGAAAGUCUACCAAAAUAUGCCUAUCAGAUGCGUUUGAGCUUCCUCCCAUCUCAAACUUUCAGUCAAUCCUCUCCGAGGAAGGCAGAAUCCAUGGGCUGACAAACGAAGUGCGGCACAAGGAGCCGCCCAGAGUGUCCCCGAUGCAGCAACCCCAAUCCAGCCUUCUGCUACCAGUGUUGAACAUGCUGAGACCGACCGACUCUCAAGAGCUGAUAUAUUAUCUCAACUGUGUAUACAGGGAACCCAGGACAGUUGUGCUUCACAAGGGAUCCACAGGCCUGGGCUUCAACAUAGUGGGUGGAGAAGAUGGUGAAGGUAUCUUUGUCUCCUUCAUCCUAUCAGGCGGGCCGGCUGACCUCAGCGGAGAGCUAAUGCGGGGAGAUGAGAUCUUAUCGGUUAAUGGCAUUGAUCUACGAGGAGCAACACAUGAACAGGCAGCAGCUGCCCUGAAGGGAGCCGGGCAGGUGGUCACCAUCGUUGCUCAGUACAAACCAGAAGAGUAUGAGUGUUUUGAAGCCAAAAUCAAUGACCUCAGAGAACAGAUGAUGAACCAUAGCUUGAGCUCUGGGUCAGGGUCUCUGCGAACUAAUCAGAAGAAAUCACUCUAUGUAAGGGCACUCUUUGACUAUGAUAAAAUGAAGGACAGUGGGCUACCAAGUCAGGGGCUCAGUUUCAAGUAUGGUGAUAUCCUCCAUGUUACUAAUGCCUCAGACGAUGAGUGGUGGCAAGCCUGCCGGGUCACUACCCAUGGAGACAGUAAGGAAAUAGGAGUCAUUCCCAGUAAGAAAAGGGUGGAAAGGAAGGAGCGGGCACGUCUAAAAACCGUCAAAUUUAACGCCGAUACAGGAAUGACUGAUUCAAAGCUGUCAUUCACUGACAAGCAAAAAAAGCACUUCACCUUUACACGAAAACCCCCAUUCUACAAAAACAAAGAGGGUCAGCAAGAUGGCAGCGAUGUACAGCGAAGUCAAGAGGAUGUAGGUCUCUCAUAUGAAUCUGUUUUACGCCAAGAAAUUAAUUAUGCCAGACCAGUCAUAAUUCUUGGACCCCUGAAGGACAAAAUCAAUGAAGAUCUGAUUGCAGAGUUUCCAAGCAAGUUUGGUUCUUGUGUUCCACCUGCUAACAGUUCAGGGUCUAAAGACACCACAAGGCCAAGAAGGAGCUAUGAAGUCGAUGGACAAGACUACCUGUUUGUGAUGUCCAAAGAGCAGAUGGAGAGGGACAUCCAAGAUCAAAAAUUCAUUGAGGCUGGACAAUACAAUGAUAAUCUUUAUGGAACAAGUUUCCAGUCUGUAAAAUAUGUGGCCGAAAGGGGCAAACACUGUGUUCUUGAUGUUUCUGGAAAUGCAAUUAAACGACUACAAAUUGCACAAAUACAUCCAAUAGCUAUCCUGAUAAAACCCAAGACUCCCGGUUCACUAAUGAACAUGAAUAAGAUGCUGUCAGAGGAGCAAGCAAAGAAAAGCUUUGACAGGGCUCUGAAACUGGAGAGGGAGUUUGGAGAACUCUUCACAGCUCUGGUUCAGGGAGACACCUUCGAUGAUAUUUAUCACCAGUGUAAACAAGUCAUUGAGGAACACUCCGGACCCUACAUUUGGAUCCCAUCCAAGGAGAAAUUAAAAUGACUCUUAAUGCUAGAAG